AUGGAAUACACUUAUUACCUCUUUUAUAAUUCAGGCAGUGGUGGAAACAGAGGCUAACAAUUCUUGUAACUUGAUUAAAAAGAACUAAGUUUCAACAUCAAGGAUAGUCAUUGUCGGGUGAAGUUCUACAAUAUUUGUGAUAGUAAAUCAAGAGAAGUAGGAUUGUAGCAGAUAAUGAAAUAAAAAUAAGAAAACAUCCAUGUUGUGAUGGCUGGAGGAGAUGGAUCUAUAAUGUGGAUAGUGGAAUUAUUAUUGCAGCAUUAAGUGAGUAUUCAUAGCUGCAUUAUAAUUCCAUUUCCUUUUGGAACUGGAAAUGAUUUCGCAAAUACAUUGGGAUGGGGCACGACAGUACCAAACGAUGUGAUUGGUAUGGACAGCAUAGUGUUGAAAGGGUUUGUUGAGGAGUGGAUGGAGGGAGUAGAGUCAUAUUUCGAUGUUUGGGAUGUGGAUAUUAGACUAUAAUAAGGUGGAUAUAUAAGUGAGAUCAAAAGAAAUGAAAAUGGUGUAGGUGAAAUGAAAUUGCAAUUAAAAGAUUAGAGAUAUUACAAAUAGAUGAUUAACUAUUUUAGCAUUGGAGUUGAUGCACGCAUUGGAUUUGGAUUUGAUAAGAAUAGGACAUCCAAUUAGUGUUGCAACAAAUGUGUUUAUUGUUGGGAAGGAUUUAAGAAGAUGUUUUUGAAAACUCCAAAAGUUAAUCAAUCUAUUGAGAACAUCCAUAAUUUGAAUGAUGAUGAUCUUUUAGAAAGUGGGUUGAUAUAGAAAUCAAAAGAUGAGAUUGUUGUUCCUGGAAAUCCAGUCAAUUUAUUGUGUUUGAAUAUCAACUCUUAUGCUGGGGGAUUGAAAAACAUAUGGCUCAACGCUUAAUAAAAUUAAGUUAAAUCAUAUUCCAAUAUUCCUUCUGUUUCUGAUGGAUUGUUGGAAAUUCUCUCAUUCAACUCCAUAUUAGGAUUGGGCUCAGAACGAUUGAUUCCUGGUUAAGCUACAAGGUUGAGUUAAAGUAAAGGCCCACUCAAAUUGAAUUUCAAAUAGAAUGAACUACUGCGAACCUAUUUCUAAAUAGAUGGUUAAUAUUUUUCAAUUACCAAUCCAAGUUCAGUUCUCAUUAGAUCUUGCUAAUCAUUGCCAUAGGGUAAAAUACGUGUUUUAAUCAAUAAAAAGGGUCUACUGAAGUGA